CCCAUCUUUUGCCUCCUCACCUGCACGCUCAUCGCCGCCUUAGCACUGCUGCAGCCGUAGCAGCAGCAGCAGAAGCAGCAGCAGCACGAGAAGGAGCAGCAGACUCAGCAGCAGCAGCAGCAGCAGCAGCAGCAGCAGCAGCAGCAGCAGCAGCAGCAGUAGCAGCAGCAGCAGCAGCAGCUGAAGGAGCAGCAGCAGCAGCAGCAGCAACAGCGGCAGCAGCAGCAGUGGCAGCAGCAGCAGCGGCAGCAGCAGCAACAGCAACAGCAGCAGCAGCAGCAGCAGCAGCAGCAGAAGGAGCAGCAGCAGCAGCAGCAGCAGCAGCAGCAGCAGCAGCAGCAGCAGCAGCAGCAGCAGCAGCAGCAGCAGCAGCAACAGCAGCAGCAGCAGCAGCAGUAUCUACAGCCAUCCCCAUCCUCCCCUCCUCUUUGAGCCGCUGCGGGUCCACCCGCUGCCGCUCCCUCCCGGCCACCGCGGGUCCACCCGCCGUGACAUUUACGACCCAGCUGUCCCUGACUCCCCUGCUCACUCUGCCUCAUCGCACCAACACCAGCAGCAGCAGCAGCAGCAGCAGCAGCAGCAGCAGCAGCAGCAGCAGCAGCAGCAGCAGCAGCAGCAGCAGCAGCAGCAGCAGCAGCAGCAGCAGCAGCAGCAGCAGCAGCAGCAGGAACAGCAGCAGCAGCAGCAGAAGGAGCAGCAGCAGCAGCAGCAACAACAGCAGCAGCAGCAGGUGCAGCAGCAAUAGCGGAUGGAGCAGCAGCAGCAGCAGCAGCAGCAGCAGCAGCAGCAGCAGAAGCAGCAGCAGCAGCAGCAGCAGCAGGAGGUGCAGCAGCGGAUGGAGCAGCAGCAGCAGCAGCAGCAGCAACCGCAGGCAGUGCAGCAACAGCAGGCGCAGUAGGAGGUGCAGCAGCAGCACCAGCAGCAGCCACAGCAGCAGCAGCAGCAGCAGCAGCAGCAGCCACUGCAGCAACCUCAUCGGCAUCGCCGCACUUCCUCUCCGUUCAUCCUCCCACGCAUCCACACUCGCUCUCACGGCCCACUCAUAGGCCAUCCAUGGGGUUGGCCAACACCA